AUGGCCGUAGAGGCGAUUAAUCAAAUGCGUCGGCAUCAAGCGGUGUUCUUUGCCGGUCCAACCGGCGUCUAUCCGACACCUCAACUGGCGAACAUCGAGUUGCAGUUGUGGAAUGCGAAACAGUGUUGGCAUUUUGCCCAGCUUUUCGAGCAAGCUGUCGUUAAUGGUUUGACAGCGUUGGCCACUUUGAACCCAGGUACACAUCUCGACUUGGCUGCAUCUCUUUAUUCGGCUGUCAACAAAAACAUAUUGGCACUAAAAAAGAGUAGUCCGCUAACAAAACCCUAUCCAAGUCCUGAUCCAAUGGCCAACAGUCAGAAUACUAUUUUCUUUGGUCAACGUCCUUGGAGAAUAGGCUAUGAUGGGCUUGCCCCGCCUAGCGUGGAAGAAGACGCUGUUACUGCUAUCCUGCAUCGACUGGUUGUAAACUAUGAAGGAGUUAUUUCGUUGUUGAAUGCGGCUAUGGCACAAUUCAAGAAGUACGGUUGUUUCCGUAUGUAUAGGAAGGGAAUCAUUGAGAAAGCCAACGUGUACUACUCGAGUGGCGAUUUGGUACGUGCGCUGCAGCUCUGGGUAGCGGUUGUACGAGAGGGAAUUCCACCUGCUGUACGGCUAGACAUUCUGCAAAAGGCGAUCAGUGCAGCCUACUGUGUAGCGUCCCUCAAGGACUAUGUCUGGUGUUGUGUUCAGUUAAUGCUGAACUCGCCUGCAGCUGAAGAUGGACUUCGAGCUGUGCUUCAUUGCCAGCCACCUGCACCACCAUUCUCGCAGGGUGAUGUGACACCUGCACAGGUAUCCUUCUAA